GCCAAUUUCCUGGGUUUUAAUCCCCACACGCGGCUAUUGCUCGGCCUACAGGAGUCCUAUGAAUAUGAGACCGCGCCUAACAAGGCUUAUGCACAGAGCCAGUGGCAAAUAACAGCACAGUACUCUCCCCAGUUUCAGAGUCACCAGUCUCUCCCAACACCCCUCCUCCAACACCCAGAACCAGAUCAACGCCAUGAAGCAAAAGGUGGUGAUCAAGGUGGCUAUGAAUGGGCAGAAGUCACGCACCAAGGCCUUGAAGAUUGCAGUCGGGGUUUCAGGGGUUGAAUCAGCAGCUUUGAAAGGUCAAGAGAAGGAUGAAAUAGAGGUAACAGGGGAGGAAAUUGAUGUUGUUGCUCUCACCUUCUUGCUCCGGAAGAACGUGGGCAAUGCAGAGGUGGUGAGCGUGGGCGCUGCAGAGAAGAAAGAGCAAAAGAAAGAGGAGAAGAAAGAGGAACAGAAAAAUGAGCCAACUGUACACGCCUGGCAUUCAUAUCCGUAUGAGAUUGGUGUUACUCACUACCCAAUUUACCAUUACCCGGAAUACACCGACCGACCGGACUCAUGCCCCAUCAUGUAAAGAAAUAGAUGCCCUGCAACUGCAACUGCACAAACCUCACGGCAGAUCUUCAUGCCACUGGGUCGUAUCAUAUAUUUUCAAAGAUAGAAAUAAUCGCCCUUGCCCUACUCGAUGAUUUUAAGGCUCAGCUGGCUCCCUUCUUUGCUCUGUAAAUCAAAACUGCAAGUUAGAUAUGCAGUGCUACUCUGUUUUCUGCGACUUUUUUCGCUUUCCCACCUCUUGUCUUGUCAAUUUAUAUAACAAGAUUGCAUUUGUUAA